GAAAUACUACUUGUGACUGUCAUAAUUAGUCAUUUUUUUUUAAAUUGAAUUUGUUUGAAGUGUGUGUCUUGAAAUUUUGUAAAAAAUGACGGAAGAAUUUAAGGUCGUCACCCAAGAUAUCGUUAAUGUCACAGUUACAAACUCUGCAAAACAGGCGACAUUAGGCUAUGAAAAACGUUUUCCAAAAGACUUAACAAUAUUUAAAUUAAAGGGUAAAUUAGAAUUAGUAACAGGUGGAAAUGCUGCAACAAUGAAAUUAGAAUUAUAUUCGAAAGAUAAUAAAUUUAUCUGUGAAUUAAGUAACAAUGACGCGUUACUAGGAUCAUAUCCAGUCGAAGAUGGUAUGCGUAUCCAUGUUGUAGACUCAUUUAAUUUAUGCACGGAAUUCGAAAAUGCAAAAAUCGAAAAAUUCGAACUUACUCCAGAACAGUAUGCAAAGAAACCAGAUUCAUUAAAAGCGUUUUUAAUGAAAAAUAAAUUAGGGAAAUAUAAUGAAGAGGAAAUGCGUAAACGUAAAGAACAAAUGGCAGAAGAAUUAGCUGAAGAAGAGAAAUUGAUUGGUGACAUUAAAGUAGGAUCCCGUUGUUUGGUAACCCUUGAACCAGAACGUCGUGGAGAAGUGAAAUAUGUCGGCAAAAUGGAAGGUCGAAAUGGAUUUUGGGUUGGUGUACAGUUUGAUGAACCAUUAGGGAAAAAUGAUGGAUCAUUUGAAAACGUUCGAUAUUUCACAUGCCCUCCAAAAUAUGGUGGUUUUAUAAAACCAGCUAACAUUAAAUGUGGUGAUUAUCCCGAACUCGAAUACGAUUUAGACGAUGAAAUUUAAUAAAUACGUCUAUUAACUCCAAAAACCCUCACAUUCUGCAUGAAUUUUUUUAUUUAUAAAAAAAUCACACGCUUUAAAAAAAUAUUU